GCUGCCAAAAUGCAUAGUUUCGCUACAAGAGUCAGAGAAUUACUUCUGCUAUUUCAAGCUGUUGUAAUCAUGGCAAUGGUUGCCAUCACGAUUAUCUCUUGCACCAGUUAUCAUCCGUCUUCUAGACUUGUUAUCGUUCUUUGUGUUCUCGAAUGUCUGCAAAUAAUUAGUUUCAUCAGCUUCCGAGCGAUCAAGGAGAAACCUGUGCCAAACCAAGAAGGAACAACCACCACUUAUAAUACAAGUCAAACAAAUGAGAGAGGAAGAACCCAAGAAUUGCAUGCAAAUCUAUUGUCUGAGCAAUUUUAUACAAAUCUAACACCUGACCAGAUAUCAUAUAUCAAGAGCUAUUGCCAUGAAUCUCAUCAAAUUGGGGAGGGGAGAUUUGCAGGAGUUUAUAGGGGAAACUUCCAAGGUGAAGAUUUGAUUAUAAAGAAAAUAGAACAUAGGUCCCCUGACACCAAACAAUGGGUGGAGAAUGAAGUUGAACUCCUGCAAGGAAAGGAGCACAUGAACAUAAACAAGUUGUAUGGUUGGUAUAUAGAAACAAACCUAUCCUACUUGGCCUACAUGUACAUAGAUGGAUGUACUCUGGAUGACUAUUUGAAAGAAAAUUGUACAGGGUUUACCUACAAUUGGAAGCAGAGCUUCAAACUGAUAAUGGAUAUUGCUAAAGGAAUUGAAUUCUUACACCAGAAUAAAAUAAUUCAUGUUAAUAUUAAGCCACAGAAUAUUUUGGUGGAUGCUAAGGAUCAUGAGGCAAAGCUUAUUGAUUUUGGAUUUUCUAGGCAUGUAGAUUGGGAAGGUGAGCAAAGGUCAAUUGAAAAAAUAGUAUAUACAAAAAGCAGCUAUAGCUCUCCAGAGUAUUGCUUGGUGGGGAAGAUCUCUUAUAAACAUGAUAUUUAUAGCUUUGGAAUUGUUGUGUUAGAAAUGAUAACAGGGCCUAGGCAUGCUGACCAAGCACGAAAUCUUUUUGAAUUCCAUACACAUGUAACACAAAUGAUAGAGAACAGUUGUUUUGAAGAAGUUGUAGAGACUAAACUUAAACAGGAUGGGUGGGACAUCUCUGCUGUAAAAGAGGCCUUGGCUGUUGCAAAUAUAGCUCUCAGAUGUGCUCACCCUGAUGAGGCUGGGCGACCAGAUAUGGAUAUUGUGGUCAAAGAACUUUCUUCAGUGAUGAAUAUUACCCUUGGACAGAAAGAUGAAAUUACAAUCAUAACAUCUGGAUGAAACUCUUGGAUGAAACUCUAUGAUUUUUAUUUUUAUUUUCUGGUUGGUUAUUAUUCUUUUAUGAAAAGAAUCAUCCUUCCA